CCCCCGACAUUACAUUGACGCCAGCUUCCUAUCCUCUUCAACCUAGAUGGAGUUCAGAAGACCAGGUCCGACGCCUACACCUUGGUCGUACUGGCUCAUAAGGCUCCUAUUCAAAUUCGUGCUCAAGAUAUUCUAUGGAACUAUUGUCGUAGAAAAUACCCACUUGAUACCAGAAGACGGCUUUCCAUGUAUUGUUUGCGCCAAUCAUAGCAACUCUCUUACCGAUGCAUUGCUUCUUGUCACGUCCAUCCCUUCCAAAAAACGGAAAAUGUUACGGCUGACCGCGAAAUCCACCCAAUUUGGAAAGAAAACGUUCACAAGCUGGCUCAUUGAGAACGCAGGAACCGUACCUAUUCAACGUAAGCGGGAUUUUGAAGGUCAAGAAGUGGACAAUACCGAGGUCAUGCAUCAUCUUAUGAAGGCAUUGGAAGUUGGCGAUGCCGUCUGCCUGUUCCCAGAGGGUUUUAGUCGAUACCAUCCUACAAUAGCCCCGUUCAAGACGGGUGUCGCCAGAUUGGUCUCAGAUGUCCUUUCGAAAAACAGAAGCCAUUCAGAUUUCAAGAUUUCAAUAUUGACUUGCUCAAUCACUUAUAUGCAUCGCCAGCAUUUCCGUUCUGAUGUUUUGGUGACCUUUCACGAGCCUAUGGUUUUCACACCGAAGGACAACCCCGAAUUAUUGAAACCUGUUGACUACAAUGUCAUUCGCGAUCUGACGGCGCAAAUGCAUCAACAGAUUAGCCACGGGACUCUGGAUUCGCCGUCAUGGGGAUUAGUACGAACGAGCAAACUCGCCGCGCGAAUUUACGCACCUUUGGGAACUAGAAUGAGCUUAGGGGAUCAUGUUCGUGUUGUCCGGACCUUUCUUGACGCAUUCAAAACUGUCAGAAAGAAAAGGGAUCAGUCGCUAGUUCAACAGGAAGAUGACCAGCACAAUAUAGACCCAUCUUUUAUUUCCGAGUUAGAAACUGAUCUCAAGGCCUACCAAGAUCAACUGGAAAAAUGCGGGAUAAAGGAUGAUCGCAUCAGACGCGAAAUACUUCCUCGUCGCACGAUCAUCUAUAGAAUGAUACUUCGUCUUACUUGGGCGUCAUUCCUAUUGAUAAUAUCAAUGCCGGGCUUGCUCUUGUCACUACCCGUGUACGUAGUGACAUUUUACGCCGUCCGUAACUUCAAAAAGACGGGGCCAGUCUUUGACACCUACGAUGAAAUUGCCCAGUAUAAGCUCAUUUAUGGGCUCAUCUCUGGUGUUGCAGUCUGGGUCAUCGGUGUCCUGGCAACGCUUCCGUUCGUCCUGAUCACGAGCCUUUUAAUUCCAGCGUUGAUGUGGAUGACCCUUCGAUGGAUAGAGGACGCUGUAUCUUCUUUCCGGUCAUUCACCGCUCUGGGUCGUUUGUUCCUCAUUGGAAAAGAUACCCUGAAGGAAAUGUAUGAUCAACGAAAGGAGUUACAUGGGCGGAUCAUGGACAUGGCUAUUGCUCUGGAUCUUCCUGCCAAUCCAGAAGAAUACUUUGCACAAGCGGGUGGUAAACAAAAAGGUCGCGUCCAAGGAUUGUGGGAGAGUAAAGCAAAAUACUUCUCGAUCCGACGGCGUAGAAAGCGGGACUGGAACGAAACCCUCCGAUUAUACGAUAAAGUGGAUUAUCCCGAUGACGACUCCGAGAUAUAAAUUGCAACUGCGCUCAAGGAUAUGAACAGUAGUAAAUAUCUGUGUACGUGGAUAGAGUACAUGGAGGCAUGCAUGAUAUUACUUAAGAACCUCAGUAACAAACGAUC